AUGGCGGUGGAUGUCUGGGCUCGUUGGUUGGCUGGAUCAAAGCGACUGCAUUAUUUGCAGGGAAGGAUUGGAGGGUUGGGUGUGAGUGAGGUAUGGGAGGGGGCUGGGGAUGAUGGGAGAAGGGAUAGGGGUGCUAUUGAUGAUGUGGAGGAGUAUGGAAGAGAAAGAGGAGGAGGACAGGUGGUUUUGGAUGGUGGGAGUGGGAAUGGAGAUGGAGAUGAGAUUGAGGAUACACAACUUAAUUGCUCAAAUAUUAAGAAGGAUUAUGAUGAGUUUUUAAAGGAAACAACGUGGUUUCUUUAUGAGAUUCAGGAACGUCAGAUGAAAUGGAGAUGGGGUGGUGAAAAUGCGGUUAAAGGGGGAUUGGAGUGGUUGCAAGGGCUUUGGGCUAGUAGAAGGGCGAAUUCACAAGAUAGGAGUUUUAUCGAGCAGCAGAUGGGGUUGUAUAGGGAUACGGGAUGCUUUGCGAAAUUGAAUAGAGAGGUGCUAAGGAAAGACAUUGAAGUUGUGGAGUACUUGAAUGAUUUGAUUGACAUGUUUUGGUGA